GAAGCAAACCGCCGCGAUCUCGAGUCAGCUAUUCAAUUCUUAGACAGACAACUAUAAAAUCGCGUUUCUGAUAUACUUUAUUCUUUAAACAUCCUCCUCGAAGCAUUAAAAAGCUGCGAUUAGGUGGCCUAUAACGUCUCUGAGCUUUGCGCAUCAUGAUGGGGGAUGGUAACAGCAGGAAGUAUGGCCUCUUACAAGAUCUAUUAUUGAUCGUUGUUUCUACUGCCUCUUUUUACUACGUCGCAAAGAGUUUAAUACCGGCUCUACCCUUCCAGAACGAUGCUGAGAAAGAACAACACGAAGAAGCAAGGUUAAAAGCCGCGGCGAACCUCCGAAGAUUAAACAGAAGGGGUAGUGAUGAUGAUUCAGAUUCAGAGGAAACAGUUUCGGGGAGAGGAAAGCCUCGCCGUCCUCGUAAGGAGGACUUGAUUCUUGAUCAAUAUGAAAAUCAGAUUGCCAUGGAAGUUGUAGCUCCAGAGGAUAUUCCUGUCGGUUUUGAUGAUAUUGGUGGCCUGGACGAUAUUAUCGAAGAGUUAAAGGAAUCCGUUAUAUACCCUCUUACAAUGCCUCAUUUGUACUCGCAUUCAUCCCCUCUUUUAUCUGCACCUUCUGGUGUACUAUUAUAUGGUCCUCCAGGGUGCGGCAAAACCAUGUUGGCAAAGGCUUUGGCGCAUGAAAGUGGAGCUUGUUUUAUCAAUCUACAUAUCUCGACUCUUACAGAAAAGUGGUAUGGUGAUUCGAAUAAGCUGGUUCGCGCAGUAUUUUCUUUGGCCAGAAAAUUGCAACCCAGUAUCGUGUUCAUCGAUGAGAUAGAUGCAGUAUUGGGACAAAGACGAAGUGGUGAACAUGAAGCCAGUGGUAUGGUCAAAGCAGAAUUCAUGACACUCUGGGACGGUCUCACUUCGUCAAAUAAGAGUGGAUUACCAGCUAGAAUUAUGAUUCUUGGUGCUACAAAUAGAAUUCAAGAUAUUGAUGAGGCAAUUCUACGAAGAAUGCCCAAGAAAUUUCCUGUUUCAUUACCCUCGAACUCGCAAAGAAGGCGUAUCUUGAAUUUGAUCCUAAAAGAUACCAAAACCGAUCCAAAUAACUUCGAUAUUGAAUACCUCACAAGAGUUAUGGCUGGCAUGUCGGGAAGUGAUAUUAAGGAGGCAUGUAGAGAUGCAGCUAUGGUUCCAGUUCGAGAAUUCAUCAGAGAACAGAGGGAAAGAGGUAUGUCCAUGAGUGGGGUUGACCAUUCGAAUGUUCGAGGUGUACGGACAGAGGAUUUCUUCGGUAGAAAGGGGGGCGGACAGAUUAUCAAGGACAAUCAUGCACGACAAAUAGCUGCAGAAACUUCAUCAACAACAAGAGGCACCACGACUUCUAGUGAUGGCUACGAAGAUGUUGAAGAGAGCGUUGCUGAAUCAAUGGACUAACGAAUUUAUCACGUAUAUCUGGUCAUCUGAGUACAAUCGCGUUGUAAUAUACUAGGUAUCUAUGCACGGCGUUUGGGGGGUUUGUAAUGAUAUAGAAACAAAGAAAGGAAACCUUUUUCCUUUUAAUGAUUCAAUGAAAAUACAUUUCGUGAUGAUCUAAAUUACCAAGCAAGCUUCACCA